AGGCGGUCCACUGGAAUCUAUUUCCACUCAUGCACAUUAACGUCUACUGACAACAAACCUGACCUCCUGAGGAAAUAGGUACUUUUCCCCUCACAUCCCCAAGAGCAGCAACAAGCAGAAAACAUGAAGCCCAAGUCUCUCCCGUCAAGGUUGUUCAACAUAAAUUCAACAGCAGCAGAGACGCUGAACCUACGAGCAGCAAAAUAUCAGCGGCAUGUGGACUGUGUGGAUCACCCUGACAGCAGCCAGCCUGUAGCAGAGAACAGCAGACAAACUGAGAAGUGCCACAGGGAAAUUCAUUUUGGGUUUCUGCCAGAGAGGUACGACAUGCUGGUGGAUGAUGAGGCGCAAGCCAAGGCAAAAGAAGAGAAGAAGGAAAAGAAGAAAGAAAAGUAUAAAAAAGUAAAGAAGGUUGGUGUCUGUUUUUAACUUUUAAUUUCUACAUUCAAUGAACUUGCAAUUCACUGUUUAUGGUACUUCGUCAAUGCCAUAAAUUUUUACAUACUAUUCACAAAUCUGGUAUUUUAAAGGCUGAAAUCAAACAUUUGAAACUGAAACAUGAACCAAGACCUCUUGGUUCAUGUUGUUAACCCAGUCAGACACAAGCCAGAGAUUACUCUAAAAAGCUCUAACGACUCAAAUUUGUCACUUCUGCCAAGAUAGUGGUCAGAAAAUGGACCUGAGAAAAAAUGCCCAAGUCACGACAUGCUAAACUGGUCUGACUUCCUUAUACAUUCGCACAUUUACAAAUGUCAAAUCUUUACAUUAUUUUAUUAAGGAAUUAAAAAAAGGUUUAGUAAGUGGAGAUAACAUGACCAGGUCAUCUACUUAGACAACAUCUGUUGUGUGCUAACUGACUAGAUUGCUUUAUUACCCUCACGUGUGAAUGAUAAGACCAUCUUACAGCAGGAAGGUGGCACACUUGUUGAUGUUGAACAUUAACAGAUUCUUUGUAGUCUGUGAAAACCCUAGGGGAAUAAAUCAUUAAUCACCAGUAUGAUGAGGAAGAAGGAUGCAGUUUAUAAGAAUCAAAGUCAUGUUGACUCAGAGGGUGUGAUUUGGGGUCGAAGUGUAGUCGAAAUGUUCCUCGAAUUCAAACCUGCAAACACACUGUGUAUGAAUAAAGAUACUCAUAAUGAGUAAUGACAUGUUUUUAUUUUCCCUCAAGUUUCAGUUUGACUAUGACUACUUUGGGUAAGUUCAAAUGUGAUUUUGUAUUAAUAUAUAAUCAAUUAUUUAGCACCAGUCCAAUUACUUGAAUAAUUAAUGAUCACAGAAAAGUCCAAGCCUUUCAAGUAAUAAAUCCACAUAACUCUGUUGAAUUUAGAUGGAAAAAUUCUGGCAAAAAUAUGUAUUUUUUUGUGUCAGUUGAACUGUUCUUAACAAUUUAUUCUGCAUUAGAUUUAAUUAAGACAUCAUCGUCUACAGGCUGUAAAGAGAUUUAUUUACCACUCUCUUUUCAUUAUUUCUAAUUUUGGAGUAAUAGUGUAAUGGAACAUAAUAUAUAUAAGAUUUUCUGAUAAUUUAUCAGGAUGACUGAUAUAAUUAUAUUGCUGGAGGGGACCAUGUUUCCUUAUUAGUCACAUUAAGAUAGAAACAUUGUAAAUCUGUAAAAACAAGCUGAAGAAUGUCUCUGACUAGUUUUAUUACUCGCUCUAUUGCCCUAUUCUUCUAUAUACAUAUUAGAAGUCAACGUUAUUGACAAGCUUAAGCCAGUGAGUCGAAAUAUUUGUGCUCACACUAUUCAGGAAGCUGGACUGUUUUUGCCUCAUUUUUCCAAAUCACCUGACUUCCUGCAUCCUGUUAAGCUGGUCAGCCCUUUCCUGUUCCAAGGGGAUGGGAGGACAAUAGUGUUCAGAGGACAUUUUUGUUUGUGUUUUUGGAUUAAACACAGACCCUGCUUCUCCUGUGGUGCUUCUGUCUUUGAACACUCUUUAAAGGUGUUUCUUUUCAUCUGAUUUUACCUGAAUUAUAAUGGCAUGACCUAAUUCCUAUUAUUUUGACCUAAUUCUGCCAUAUCACCGAGAAAGCUCUACACCUGAAUGAAGGGAGGAAAACAAUAAUGAUGUGAUGAAAUGGGAGUUUUUCAGAAAGAUCAUCUCAUUUACUUUGAUUCAAGUUAAUAUGCCUCCACUUCAGAGAUGUUAAAUGUUGCACAGUAAAUGUUAAAAUUUUUCUGCUUCUUUUUCAGAAUAUUGGCAAAGCAAUGCGCGCCACCUGGAAGUGUCUAAUGCUUGGUCUUUACAACUUUGCACUCGGCUAUUCAACUCCGAUCACUGUGGCUGCUACGUUUGUUCCUGACUUUCACCCAGGCAGAAACACAAACUGAGUCCAGCAACAUGCACCUCCUCAAGUUUCUUUAUCAACCUUCACUGAACAUUUCAGAAACCCCACAAACACACACCAAAGACUUUUAACAGUUUAUGAAAUUGCAUUUUUAUAUAGAUUUUUGCAAACUAAUCAAAAUAUUAUUGGAAAGUUACUCUUAAUUUAUGCCUUUGUGUAUGAGUCCUCUUUACAAACUGUAAUUUGACUGUUAUUAUUAUUCACUUCCUUACAUGUGUGUAUACUCUGUGAUCAAAUAAGAUACAAAUACAGGUGAGGUCAUAACAUUUCUGACUGUUAGAAAGCUUUAGUAUUCACAGAUGGCCAUAAAAGUCAGAGUCCACUGUGCCUUUUCCGCAGGAGAACAUGUUAAGAUGGUUUUUGUAUGUGUAUAGGGAGACUUGUCGUAAUGUGGAAGCUGCAAGAAUCAAAGGCCAGAGCUUCUGAAAAUGAAUAACAAGCAGGAAAGACCAAGCUGUGGUCUGAAUUAUCAAGAAAGACAAGUAAGUAAGUAAGUAAAGGCCAAAAGUACAAAUAGCAUAAGGAAGUUCUCUGGUCCCGCUGAUUUGAAGGGGAUUCUCAGAUUAAAAUGUAAGACUGUGAGUUUCUGAGGAAGUUUAAAACCUUUUUGUAUUUUAUUGUGUGUGAGUUUGAUUUGAUGGUAAAGUUACGAUGUAUGAUGUGUUGAUCAAAUGUGAUUAAAGUGAUCUCUAAAAUGUUUCCUUUGUUAUUUUUU